GAGGAGGAGGAGGAGGAGGAGGAGGAGGAGGAGGAACAACAGAAGAGAGAGGAACAACAGAAAGAGGAGGAGGAGGAGGAGGAGGAGGAACAACAGAAAGAGGAGGAGGAGGAGGAGGAGGAGGAGGAGGAGAGGAGAGAGAAAGAGAGGAGACAGAAAGAGAGAGAGAGAAAGAAAGAGGAGGAGAGAGAACAGAAAGAGGAGGAGAGAGAACAGAAAGAGGAGAAGAGAGAACAGAAAGAGGAGAAGAGAGAACAGAAAGAGGAGAGAGAGAACAGAAAGAGGAGGAGAGAACAGAGGAGGAGGAGGGAGGAGGAGGAGGAGGAACAACAGAAAGAGGAGGAGGAGGAGGAGGAGGAGGAACAACAGAAAGAGAGAGGAGAGGAGGAGGAGGAGAGAGAGAGAGAGAGGAGGAGGAAGAGGGAACAACAGAAAGAGGAGGAGGAGGAGGAGGAGGAGGAGGAGGAGGAGGAGGAGGAAGAGGAGGAGGAGGAGGAGGAGGAGGAGGAGGAGGAGGAACAACAGAAAGAGAGGAGGAGGAGGAGGAGGAGGAGGAGGAGGAGGAGGAGGAGGAGGGAGGAGGAGGAGGAGGAGGAGGAGGAGGAGGAGGAGGAGGAGGAGGAACAACAGAAAGAGGAGGAGGAGGAGGAGGAGGAGGAACAACAGAAAGAGGAGGAGGAGGAGGAGGAGGAACAACAGAAAGAGGAGGAGGAGGAGGAGGAGGAGGAACAACAGAAAGAGGAGGAAAAGAGGAGGAGGAGGAGGAGGAGAGAGAACAGAAAGAGGAGGAGAGAGAACAGAAAGGAGAAGAGAGAACAGAAAGAGGAGGAGAGAGAACAGAAAGAGGAGAAGAGAGAACAGAAAGAGGAGAAGAGAGAACAGAAGAGGAGAAGAGAGAACAGAAAGAGGAGGAGAAGAGAACAGAAAGAGGAGGAGAGAGAACAGAAAGAGGAGGAGAGAGAACAGAAAGAGGAGGAGAGAGAACAGAAAGAGGAGGAGAGAGAACAGAAAGAGGAGGAGAGAGAACAGAAAGAGGAGGAGAGAGAACAGAAAGAGGAGGAGAGAGAACAGAAAGAGGAGAAGAGAGAACAGAAAGAGGAGAAGAGAGAACAGAAAGAGGAGAAGAGAGAACAGAAAGAGGAGGAGAGAACAGAAAGAGGAGGAGAGAACAGAAAGAGGAGGAGAGAACAGAAAGAGGAGAAGAGAGAACAGAAAGAGGAGGAGAGAGAACAGAAAGAGGAGAAGAGAGAACAGAAAGAGGAGAAGAGGAAAGAGGAGAAGAGAGAACAGAAAGAGGAGAAGAGAGAACAGAAAGAGGAGGAGAGAGAACAGAAAGAGGAGAAGAGAGAACAGAAAGAGGAGGAGAGAGAACAGAAAGAGGAGGAGAGAGAACAG